AUGGGCAGUACAACCCAAACGGACAACCCAAUGGAGGGCCUCGGAAACCAGGCGCUCUUGGACAAGAUCGACAGACUCAGAGAGCUCAAUGUCGGUUCCAUCGUCUCCCUGCCUCAGCUCAUUGUCGUGGGGGACCAGUCUUCUGGCAAGAGCUCGGUUCUUGAGAGCCUCACUGGUUUCUCAUUUCCCCGGGCUGCUGGUCUAUGUACAAGAUAUGCCACGCAGAUCACCUGUCGGCGAGAGCCAAAGUGUAGUGUCUCGAUCACUAUCAUCCCUCGCCCGAACGCCAAUGACAUUGUCAAGCAAAGACUGCGACAGUUCCAUCGCUGUCUCGACGAGAUGGACGCACAGGAUCUUGCGGACAUCUUCGAGGAUGCAAACCGUGCGAUGGGCAUACGGUCCAGUGCUGAACCUAUCGAUGGUUCAAACGAUGGCUCAAUCACGUUCAGUGAGGACAUCUUGAAAAUCGAGAUCAACGGUCCGGAUCAACCGGGUCUGACAGUCAUCGACGUGCCGGGUAUCUUUCGCACACCAACCCCCGGCCUGACCACUGACAGUGACAUCACAUUGGUCACAUCCAUGGUCAAACGCUACAUGAAUGAUUCCAGGACGAUCAUUCUGGCAGUGAUACCGUGCAAUGUUGAUAUCGCCACCCAGGGGAUUCUCAGGCUUGCUAAAGACGCGGACCCCAACGGCUCCAGGACCAUGGGAGUUCUGACCAAGCCAGAUCUCGCGCCAGAGCGAGCGAUGCAGCAGAACAUUUUGGACCUUAUUCAAGGAAGGCGUCAGGAUCUGAAGCUGGGUUAUUGUGUGGUGAAGAACCGUGGGGGUGACGACGAGAGUUCCUCCCUACAGAAGAGAGACGAAGAGGAGAGGGCUUUCUUCCGACAGGAGCCUUGGGCGUCGGUUGCGUCGACAAGGCGACUGGGGAGCGGUGACCUCAAGACGAUCCUACGGAAUCUCCUCAUGGAUAUCUCGAAGAAAGAAUUUCCCAUUGUCAAGAAAGAAAUCGCCAAGAAGCUUUCCGAGUGCGGCAAGAGAAUGGAGGCCAUGGGCCCUUCAAGGGGCGAUGAGAAAUCCCAAAGAGCCUACCUGGGAAAGCUCGCAGCCAGCUUCGAGAGGAUAGUGGGCUACUCGCUCAACGCCUACUACACCGAGGACCAGAUAUUCGACGACAGGCUAGAAAUGAGACUUAUCACGAGGAUCAUCAGUCUGAACGAGGUCUUCUCUGAGAUAUUCUCUCAGAGAGGCCACACCCGACACUUUGAGCAAUCCCACGAGAAAGACAAUCAUAGCAAUCAGUCACAAAGCCAACUGCCGGAGAUUGACUUCGAAAUACCGAAUGCUGUCCUUGAUCUCGAGGACAUAAUCCGUCCAGAGCGUUUCCAGUGCCCGGAGCCGUCGGAUGACUCCCUCAUCGAGCACAUCGAGGACAUCUUCCGGAAGAGCCGCGGACCUGAAUUGGGCACAUUUGGCGGCGCUGUGCUGGCCACUACUUUCAAGGAGCAGUCCAGGCGCUGGGAGGAUCUUGUCAUGUCCCACGUCAGUGAUGCCAUCGCGCUGGUGCACCAUUUCAUUGCCGAGUUGCUCAUCCAUACAUGUGCCGACAACAAGCAAGUGAUGGAACAGCUAUGGGACAAUGUCCUCCUCGAAAAGCUGCAACAGUCAUAUAAACGCAGCAUGCAUCAUGCGAAAUUCCUCUUGGACGUCGAGCGCGAGGGAAAGCCCACCACCUACAACCACUACUUCAACGCCGAGCUCCAGAAGGGCCAAGGGAAGCGACUCCAGAAAUCCCUCGACAGCCUGGCCAUAGAUGGAGGGGACUUGCAGGGACCAGUGAUUAGGCUGGCAUCACUCGGUAGCAUAAACAUCACCAGGUCGAACCCGGAACAAGUGCGCGAACACCUCCAUGACAUACUGGAGAGCUACUACAAGGUCUCUGUCAAGCGUUUUGUGGAUGUCAUCUGCCAGCAGGUAAUCGACCACUUCCUCCUCAACGGCAAAGACAGCCCACUUCAUGUCUUCAGCACAGAUCUGGUCUUCGACCUCAGCGCCGACGCGCUAGAGAUGGUUGCAGGCGAGGACCAGGUUACAAAGCAGGAGAGAGAGCGACUAAGGAGGGAAAUGGAAAGUCUGGAGGCAGCAAUGCAGGUCCUGCGUGGAUGA